AUGACGCGCACCGUCAAGGCCCUUGAGAGUUCUUUGUGGCCCGUUCUAACCUCUCUCGACUCGUCCACUGGCGCCAUUCCAAUUGCUUGCUACGCGAACGCUGGCGGCACUCACCAUCCCUUGGCAAACCUGGGAGGCGCCCAGGUCUUCCCAUGGUCCAAGGCCGAGGCUGGGGUUACCCAAACCAUGAAACCACAGCGUGAGCUCCUGCCCGCAGGCCCAGCGGUAGCCAGCGGCGCCUCUUCUGAGCGCGAGUCGACCCCGCAAUCUGUUACCGGCGGUGCUGGUGCUUCUUCUGCCCCAAGACGUCGUCCCCAGACCAAGAUCGCGUGCACAUCAUGCCGUCGGAGGAAGUCGAAAUGUGACGGCCUACGUCCCGUCUGCUCAUUAUGUGCAGGCAUGGGCCGCACCAAGUGCGAGUACGAUGCUGGGCCUGACGUCACACGCUUCGCCGCCCUCAAAUCCAAACACGAAGAACUGCAACAACGCAUCUCUCUAUUUGAGGAGCUCUUCCACCUACUUUCUAUGCGCACCGAUUCCGAAUCGGUCGAAAUCAUUCGUCGCAUGCGCACCACAAAUAUUCAGACAGGCCUGGGCGACCUUGUCAAGUUUAUCAAAAACGCCGACCUGUUGAUCCAACUGGCCUCUACCAAGUCAGCAGAGUCCUCCCCGGCACCAGGAGCAGACGUUGAGUCCCACGGUUCCCUACCACUAGACGAAAUAUUGUCGCUGUUCGAAUCAUUGUGA